AUGGUACAGAUUGCUCUGGGGGAAAGACUGAUCCCUGUUUUGGAUGAAAAGGUUGGUCUUAUCCUGCUGGAGUUGAGGUUGAAAUGUACAUAGGGCUCUGACUGCUGAUGUUAAAUGAAUUGAUUUUGAUGCUGUUCUUGGUGCUACUGGUGUUCAUAGAAUUGUAGAGUUGGGGGGAAUCUCAAAGGUCAUCUAAUCCAACCCCCUUGCAAUGCAUCCUUUGCUUAAAAACCUCUGAAUCCACCACCUCCCAAGGGAGUCCGUUCCACUGUCGAACAACUCUUCCCAUCAGAAAGUUCUUCCUGAUGUUUAGCCGCAAUCUCAACCAUUGGUUUGAGUCCUUCCCGCCAGAGCAUGAGAAAGCAAGCUUGUCUGCUAUAUCCCCUCUCAGUCUUCUCCAGGCUAAACAGACCCAACUCCCCCAGCUGUUCCUCGUAAGGCUUGGUUUCCAGACUUGUGUUUUCCACUCUCACUUUGCUUUUCAUGUUUUAUAUUUCAGAGCUGUGGCCUCUUGCAGUCUGCCCUGUCCAGGCCUGGAGGUUGCCUUCUGAGCCAGAGUCUAUGUAAGCAGCUUCCUUCUUUUGCACAUUCCUUUAAGAAAUGCUAAGGCAAAUCAGGGAGAAGCUACUUGAAGCAGAUUCCUCUGAUGCUGGUUUGGUUGAUAUUUUAAACACACAGAGGGGGAGUAAAUGAAAUAUGCACAUUCCCCAAAUUUGAGCUAAAUGACUAUGGAUGCCAUUAGGUUUGGGAGAGAAACGGUGCCUUCAAAAUAUCUCCCUGCUUUUAUUAGACAUGAUGUUUGAAGACCAGAAUUGCAAAACUUCAAAAUUCCGAUACUGUUCCUUUGAUGCUGUAACUGGUCCUGUGGACUUCCCCACUCAUUCAGCCGAAGGCGCUGAUCUUUGUGUGCAUGCCGUUGCAUGGGAGGAAAGAGUCUCCCCAUUGAAAUGAAUGGGGAAGUCCAUAGCAAGGAUUCUUUCAAUAGAAUGGGCAAUUGGGAAGAUUUCCUAAAAGACAGGGGAGGUUGGUGCGGGUAAUGCAUACUCCAGGAGCUCUGAGGCCAUGGGAUAAAGAGAUUUGCUCCUUAGUUAAAGAGUACCAACACUGAAUGAGUCUCCUCACUUGAGAGGCAGUGUGGUGUAGUGGGUAGAGUGUCAGAGGAGGAACUGGGAGACCAGGGUUCAGAUCCCAACUCGGCCACAAAGCUCUCACUGAGUGACCUUGAGGGCCAGGCACUGCCUCUCAGAUUAACCAACCUCACAGUGUUGUGGGGAUUAAAUGAGGAGAGGAAGAGUCACGGAUGACACCUUGAGUUCUUUGGCGAAAACGUGGGAUACAGAUGCAAUAAAUAAAUAUAUAAAUUCUUGGCUUCCCUGCAGUUGACUUGUCACCUCUUGGGAUCCAGUACUUUCUCGAGAGCUUCCUUCUGAGAAAUGACACUCUCAUCCUCGAGCUGCGUGUAAGUACCAACCAGCGCCAUGCACUCCUGCUUCUCUGAAAAGGGAUUCAGGGGCCAAGGGCUUGCUAGACUCUCUGCCCUGCUAACUAUUCAUCAGGCUUCAAAAGUUUUUGUUCCCAAUCAGGAGGAACACCAUCUCAACCCAAAAAGUAGUUAGGGACUUGCAAUGGCACUCCGCGGCCAUGGUGGUGGCUCAACUAUGACCCUAUCUGGACAGGAAUAACUUGGCUACAGUAAUCUAUGCUCUGGUAACCUCAAGAUUGGCGUGUGGCAGAAACAUUGUAAAAUUAAAGAAUGUUAGAAUGAUGUUGGAUCGAAAAUAAGUGGCUUCCAGCUGUACAGGUUAAAGUUAUUGAUAGACUAAGAUUAAAGAUUAGGAUUAAAGAUGUUUAAGGAAAUGGAAAUUUGGUAUUUAAGAGGUAAAAAUUUAAUGUUAUAUUACAUUAAGAUUAAAAAUUAGGAUUAAAGAAGUUUAAGAGUUAUAUAUUAUAUUAAGUUUAAAGAUUGGGAUUAAAAAAGUGGAAAAGAAAUUGCUGGACAAACAAUUUGGACUGGAAUACAAAAGAGGGAGGUAUGAGGAAGUCCAGAAAAUAAGUAAAUUCAAAAACGGAAAUGGAAAAGUGAUAUUGUUUUUAAUUGUUCUGUUUCUUUUUAGUUCUUGUUUUGUAUUCUGUUUUCUGUGUUUUCUUUUUCUUCUUGGAUUAUGUAUUGUGUGUUUUUGUAUUUCUACUUUUAUGUUCUUCUGUUUAACUUUUAUUGAAAUUUUAAUAAAAAUUAUUUUUUUAAAAAAAAAAAAGAUUGGCGUGUGGCAAUGCGCUGUAUGUGUGUGUCCUUUGGAAACCAUUCAGAAACUUCAUACAUGCAGCAGCCUUUGAAAAUGAUUUGGGAAGCUUCAGUUCCUGCAGAAUGCGGCUGCCCAGCUGUUGAGCUGAACAGAUUAUACAGCGAAGUGGCUGACCAGACGCCCCAAUGGGAAACCAGCAAGCAGGAUUCAAGCACAUAAGCCCCUUCUCCCCUCCUGUGUUUUCCUGCCACUGGGAUUCAGAAUUAUUGCUUGCCUUCAGCUGUGCAGGCAGGGCAUAGCCAUCGUGGCUAAUAGCCAUUCACGGCCCUCUCCUCUGUGAAUUUUGUCCAGUCCUCUUCUAAAGUCUUCUAGAUUGGUGGCUCCCACUGCGUCCUGUAGGAGUGAGUUCCAUAGUUCAACUAUGUACUUCUUUUGGUGCUGCUGCCAGGUCUUGGAAGAAGAAGGAAAGCCGGACGGCAGAGCAGAAGAGGCAGGCGGUGGAGCAAAAGAAAGGCUUGACAGCCUCUUGGACUCUCUUCCUAAAAUGCACAAGGAAGCUGUCACAGACAUUGCCAUGGCGAUGAAGCAGCUGGGCUGGAACUUUGCCCAACUCCUACAACCUAUAAAGCCCAUCAUUCUGGAUAAGAACCACAAAAUGGUGAGUGGGGCCAAAGUGGAAACUGUGCAGGGGGUGCUUCACCUGUACCCUAGACCUAUGCCCUCUCUCAUGUCAUGUUGGCAGUGCCCGGUGGCAGGCAUGGAGUGCUAGUUGGCAUAUGAGGUCACAUGUUGAGUCACAUCAAGCUGCACAUGUGAUUUGGAGCCCCAAGGAGCUGUGACUCAAGGCCAGACUGUGGCUCUGGCAAAUGGAGACUAGCUGUGUGGAGGGCAGGGACAGAGAGAGGAAGGGUGAAGAGAUGCUGGUCCAAUGCCAUCCGUUGGGAUUUUCCAUUGCCUGGCUGCUCCCUCCCGAGAGAAGCCAGACUGGCUCCCUCCUUGCUGUCCUCCCAUUAGCCUUUGGGAACUAACUGUUUUGUGAGCCAGUGUGGUGUAGUGGUUAAGAGCGGUAGUCUCGUAAUCUGGGGAACCGGGUUCGCGUCUCCGCUCCUCCACAUGCAGCUGCUGGGUGACCUUGGGCCAGUCACACUUCUUUGAAGUCUCUCAGCCCCACUCACCUCACAGAGUGUUUGUUGUGGGGGAGGAAGGGAAAGGAGAAUGUUAGCCGCUUUGAGACUCCUGAAGGGGAGUGAAAGGCGGGAUAUCAAAUCCAAACUCUUCUUCUUCUUCUUCUUGAAGGAAAGAACGGGUGCUGUGAUGUUUUUAUUGCAAUUAUCUGUAGGUUUUAAUAGAUCACACAGGCAGACACAUAUAUAAUACUAAUCAGUGUUUAAUUGCUUUUUAAGGAUUAGUGUUUUUUCUCUGUUUUUAGUUGGUUCUAUUUUAUCUGUUAGCCACUUUGAGUCCUUGCCUGGGAAGAAAGCGGGAUACAGUGGAACAGUUUCAGGUUAAGAACGGACCUCCAGAACGAAUUAAGUUCUUAACCUGAGGUAAAGUAAAGGUAAAGGGACCCCUGACCAUUAGGUCCAGUCGUGACCGACUCUGGGGUUGCGAUGCUCAUCUUGCUUUAUUAACCAAGGGAGCCGGCGUACAGCUUCCGGGUCAUGUGGCCAGCAUGACUAAGCCGCUUCUGGCGAACCAGAGCAGCGCAUGGAAACGCCGUUUACCUUCCCGCCAGAGCGGUACCUAUUUAUCUACUUGCACUUUGACGUGCUUUCAAACUGCUAGGUUGGCAGGAGCAGGGACCGAGCAACGGGAGCUCACCCCGUCGUGGGGAUUCGAACUGCCAACCUUCUGAUCAGCAAGUCCUAGGCUCUGUGGUUUAACCCACAGCGCCACCCGCGUCCCUUUAACCUGAGGUACCACUGUAUAAUUAAAUAUAAUAAUGAACAUCAUAAUAAUAAUUACUUGUCAUUUCAUAUACCUCCCAGGGCUUUUGCAUGUUGGAAAGUGUUCAGCCUCUGCUUCCAGGGCAAGUUUCUGAUGAGGUGAGUGGCUUUUUAUCUGCUCGGCUUCUGAACCCUCCUUUCCCUCUUGCCUGGUCUUACUUGCAUAAUAGUAAGUACGUCUACUCAGAAUCAGCAUGGAAUAAAUUCCCCCUUGGGAGUUGAAGGAUAGAGGCUCACACCAAACUCCCAGCCAGACAGACUUUAUUCAGCAAUGCAUUACAGGACAGAGUCCAAAGGGCCUGUGAGAGCAUCUCCAGUAGAACACACACGGUGUGGCAUAGGAGCCAAGUCCUAGGGGCUGAGGUCCCUCUCCCCCCCGAUAAAAUAUUUGAGGGCCACCCCCUCAAAGUUGGGGGGGGGGAAUUCCCAUUGAAAUAGUGUGUGUGUGCCGUGCCAUAUGAUGGAUUAUGUGGGGUGGGGCUUACCUAGGUAAAGGUAAAGGUACCCCUGCCCAUACGGGCCAGUCUUGACAGACUCUAGGGUUGUGCGCCCAUCUCACUCAAGAGGCCGGGGGCCAGCGCUGUCCGGAGACACUUCCGGGUCACGUGGUCAGCGUGACAAGCUGCAUCUGGUGAGCCAGCGCAGCACACGGAACACCGUUUACCUUCCCGCUAGUAAGCGGUCCCUAUUUAUCUACUUGCACCCGGGGGUGCUUUCGAACUGCUAGGUUGGCAGGCGCUGGAACCGAGCGACGGGAGCGCACCCCACCGCGGGGAUUCGAACCGCCGACCAUGCAAUCGGCAAGUCCUAGGCGCUGAGGCUUUUACCCACAGCGCCACCCGGGUCCCUGGGGCUUACCUGCCCCCCCCAUAUUUUAUUCGACACCCCUGCUGUGUGGGAAAUGUACAUCAUCUUAGCUGCUCAUCCUCUCACCCAAUUAGCUUCUGCUCUUUCAGGACCUCACCAUCUCUUCAUCCAACUACAGACCUUGAAAUGCACCUUUACUCAGCCCAUUUUCAUGGUACCUUUCAAAACCCUCCUUGUACCUUAUCUGGAGUUGUUACAUCCUGUUUUAUUCAAGGGGAUUUCCUACUCAGAGUGAAGUGAUGGACAUGAGACAGGUCUUGGUAAUGCAGGUGAGCUGUGCAGAAACAAGCUAGCAAGUAUGCUCCAAGCAAGCUGCCGGCUAGUUCUGCAGAGGCUCCUUUUAUUAGCAGAAGUCAACAAUUGGAAACAGUCGUGAAACCACCCUGAACUUAACGUAUUUCCAUCUAAGCACAUUUCCAGCGUUAGCAAAUACACGUGUCAGCAGGUGUUUCCCUCAAAUGUUCCCCCCGAUACUUGAUUACAUCUGUGUCCCCCGUCAUGCUCCAGCCAAGCGAUAUGUCUAGCAAACAAAUUGUGAAAGGACAAAAGGUCAGGGGGGAAACCCUGUUUUCUAGCCAGGAAGGCAAAAGGUCAGGGAAAGCAUUUAAGAGAUACGAAAAAAGGUUUACAAAUGGGUAAAAGCUUAAUGGUAAGGAUUUGCUGAACUAACAAACUGAACUGGAAUACAAAAAAGGGAGGUAUGAGGAGGUCCGGGGAAAUAAGGAUAAGGAAGAUAUGCUAUGGAAAGUUAACGUGUUUUUAACUGUUUUUAUCUUGUAUGUCUUUCUUUAUUUCUCUUUUUUUUUGUUAUAUUUUAAAAAUUUUAUUCUUUUUUCUGUAUUUUGUUUUUUCUUGUAUUUUUAUUUUUUGUUUUUGUAUUCUAUGAAACUUUAAUAAAUAUCAUUUAAAAAAAAAAAAAGGUCAGGGAAAGCAGGCUCAACGCUCCUUGACAUAUUGUUGCACGUCUGGUGCAAGGUUUGCCUUCGCAAAGCAGAGCGUUGCCUCUACACAGAGGACAUGGUUGGAACUGCUCUGUUAUUUCCCAGUGGAAACACAGGUGCCCAGAUAUACGAGGAAGGCAUUUCUGAAUUAUUUCAGGCUGUGCCAACAUCAUCCUGGAUGUUUUGGGGAGGUUGUUUCCUAUCCUUUGCAUUUUAAAUUAUUAUAUACACACUCAUCAUUUGUGCCCUUAUUCCUGUAUUUAAACCAAAUCUGUGCAGGAGUUAGAAAACUAUGUGAUGAACUUAACUGCUCAUGAACCACCUCGAUUCUAUAGCGACUUUGGCAGACUUUAUGUGAUUCAUCUAUUGAAGCUGGAGACGUUUAAUGCUGAGGGGAUCUCCGUCUGGAGACUAGAUGAAGUAAGUUUUGGCCCAGCUCUCUCUGCAGAGCCUUGUGCAGGAGAACUUCCCAGGGGAUGGUGCCCAUCAGCACCAUCUCUGUCUGCUGAACGGCUCCUCUUUUGCUUCCUUUCAUGGCAGACUUACUAUGCACCAGCUGAUACUUCGAUUGCAGACAACAAGCUGAAGGUCUCAUUGUCUCUAGAAAGGUAAGACCAGACCGCUUGCCUUGCUGUCACAUGCUUUGCUCACACAAGCAGGAUGGUGCUAGCAGUGCCAAUGCAUCAUUUUUCCUAAGUAGAUAGUCUAAUGUUAUGUUUCAUAUUUUCUUUCUAUUCGUCAUCUGCUGUAAAGUGUAAAUGCAGCUAAAGACAUGGCUCACAAGUAAGAUACAGCACAAUCUGCAGGGCAACAGUUGGUGUGGAUCUAAAACUUGGUUCCUGAACAGGGCUAGGCAGUUGACUACAGAACCAUAGAAUCAAGGAAAUGUAGACUUGGGAGGGUGCAGAAUGCUGUGGCCAGAUUGCUGGUGGGGGCAUCUGAGCAACAACAUGUGGUGCCACUGUUAAAACAUCUGCGCUGGCUGCAGUGGCGGAGCUUCAUGCUCCGGCACCGGGGGGCAAAGAGCAGGUGGGGGCAGGGCUGGCGCACAUCCUGGGGGCGUGACACCCCACCGGGAUCGUGCUGCCAGGGGCGGUGCGCUCCCCCCCCACUCCUCUUCCUCCGCACUCCUCUUCCUCCGCCACUGACUGGCUGCCCAUCUACUACUGAGCCAGGUUCAAGGUCCUUGUAUUAACUUACAAAGCCCUGAACAACUUAGCUCCAAGUCACCUUAGGGACUACGUAAGGCCUUGGGAUCUCAGCUUGAUAUCACUGCAAACAGCUUCUUGGGGGCUCCUGGCGGAUGUUGUUCACCGGAACCUUAUGGUAGGCCGAGCCUAACAUGUGGUUUCUUUAUUUUCAGUGGAUUUCUUCAAACACAUAUGAGGGGUGUAAGUUCUUCCUUAUGUUUCAAUUUAUGUGAUCAUACUAGAGGCUGCAUCCCUGCUUGCAUUGCUUGCCACCCCCACAUAUCCCGCCUCCACCUGCUUGCAACCCCUCUCUCUUUGCACCUUACCCCCCAAACCCCUUCCCCUUACAGCUCACCCCCAACCACCCCUGCCCUCCCUUUGCAUUUUGCCAUUCCUGCCCCCCCCCACCAGGGGCAACAGGAGGAGUGUGUGAAAGCUUGCAUACUUGGGUUGUGAGUAGACCACAAGCCUAACAUGAGCCAGGAGUGCGGUGCAGCAGCAAAUGAAGCUAAUGCAAUAAUUCAAGAGAGUUUGCCUUGGAGUCCUGCUCUCACAGUGGCCAAGCAGAUCCCUGUGGGAAACCCCAAGCAGGAUUCAAGCAGCAGAGCACGCUCCCCUCCAGCGGAUUCCUUGAAGGACCCCCUGCAUUCCCCUCAUUCCGUGGAACUUCCCUGGAGUAGGAGACAGAGGCUUCUGAUCUGUGGGGCACGACCCACCUGAAAUAAUUCUCCACAAUCUUCUUGGAAUGCUACAGCGCCAGUCAGUGGGGUUUGCACAGUAGCCCCACUUAAAUUUCUGGGCAUGUGAAAUAAGCAACCAUUAGACAAUCCACCUCAGUUCAGUCUUUGUGCUGACUUCCCAGGCAAACCACCCUGAUUGCAUUGCUGCAGGGUCCUCGCUCCAGGUGCUUUUGCUUCUGGGCUGUUUCUUGGACUCUGGUAAUGACAUUUCUUCAUCCCAAAACAGGACCUAUCCAACGUAGUUGGCAUGCUGGAAACCCUACUGGAAUUUGAGGAUCCUGUUGCAUUGUUGGGUAAGAAUUUGUCCAGUUUUGUGAGGGGGGCGGCACUUGCUUCAGAGGAACUUUGACAGUUAGUGGGUACAGUUGUGUUAGGGACAGUCCCACAUCUGUUAGGGUUGUGACGAUUUUGCUCUGUUCAAAGAACAAAUCUAAUUGUCUAAUUUCUGUGUAGCAGAAACUGAGUCCAAUAGCUAAUUUUUUCAGCCAAGUUCAUUCUAUAACUGCCAUGUUAAAGGGACAGUUAACCUACCACUUCAAAUAUGCGCUCAGAAAAUUUUCAUUUGAGGGAGAUAAUUUAGAAAGGUUAGACAUCUUCAGGAAAAUAUUUGAUAAAUUAUAUGCCCCAAACCCAUGCAUUGCAAUUUUGAUUCAACACAGUUAACUAUCAUUAAAGCAAAAUAAUUUUGGCAGCAUCUAAUAACACUAUUUUUAAAAAGCAUAUCUAGAUAGAAGUCACACAGACAAAUGAUAAAAACCUAAAUGAUGGAAAAAGGAGUUUGACUCACCUCUGAAUAUGCUAAACGUAUUAACGUUAAAAGUAGCACUCAUUAUGAACAGAACUUGUUCAAGUAAUCUAUAAUGGCGAUCUGAAUUAGUCAUGUCAAUUCUGUGUGUGUGUGUGUGUGUGUGUGUGUGUGUGACACAUAGUGUAUGUCUGAGCAAUAGCAUAUAGCUGAGCAGUUGCAAGAUCAGCCAAUUCUAGGAGGGCAGCUUCCAUGGGUGUUAGUCCCAAUGCAACGGGUCAUUUCAUUAGGGACAAACCUGAAAUUAUGGAGCAGCAGGCACAGUAAAUGACAUUAGACAGAGGAAGGGGUUGGCAGGCAGAGCAACACAAGGUCCCUGCUGCAGAGUUUCUAGAUGGUCACAUGCCAGUCCGGACAGGUCACCUUCUGUUUGCCCAAAUGCGGAUUGUGCUUCUUUUCUUCAGACAAUCUGGAGCAGGAGUUCCUGUUGCCGCUGGCUCCAGGCGUGGGUGAUGGGGUCAGAAUGGAAACCAGCUGUACAAAGGUGGGUCCUUUGGGGUUUCCCAUGUUUCAGGAUGUAGGUUUAGAGCUACUCAGAGCCUUCUCGGUGGCUGCUCCGUCUCUGGAGACGCCUCCCUGAAGAAGCCGUCCUGGCUCCCUCCUUAUUCUCCUUUUGCCGGCAGGUGAAACCUUUCUUGUUCCAAAAGGCUGUUGGGAACUGACUCCUUUUAAUGAAAGGGGGGUGCAGUCCAGUUUUUGUGACAGUGAUCUGUAUGUUUUUAAUAGAUUUCUUAUGUAUAAACAUCGUUUCAAUUUUAUCAAUGUUUAAUUGUUAUUUAAUGAUGUUUUUUCUGUGUUUUUAGUGGUUCGUAUUUUUAUCUGUAUGCUGUCUUGAGUCCUCUCAGGGGAAAAGGUGGGGUAUAAAAUACAUAUAUCAAAGAAGCAGUAAUACGUAGUCCUGGGAUGUAGGGGGCAAAGCUCAAAAGUGGAGCCAGUUUUUCAGAGGAUAGCAUCGUGCCCCAAGGACCUUACAAUCUAAAACUCAGCACAGGGGACAAUCUAAAAGCCUGCACUGGCAGGUAUGGAAAGGGAUACCUAGAGGAGGAACAUGUCUUUAUAUCAGCUACUCAGAGUGAGGCAGAUGAGCUACUGGAGAGAGAGAGGGGGAGUUCUGGGGUACACAGGUAGUGCUCUGUCAAAAGCAAUGGCAAGCUCAGGCUGGAGACCCCCGUAAGAGAGGGCUCAGGUGUUGUUUCAGAGGCAGCCAUCCUCAGACUGAGCCUUAAGUUGGGAGCUGCAGUUCCAGUUCCGCUGUAGCUGUUGGCUCCACCUGCGCGGAGAUGAGUGUCUUCACUGAAAGGAGCCUGGUUGGCUUGAAGAGUUGUCGUUUGCAGAGAAGUGGGAAGCCUCUGCUUCCCCCAGGACUGCUGAGCCCUCUGAGGAAGAGGUGGGCUCCAUGCCACCCUGGGGUUGGAGGUGGGCUAGCAGAAUGGGCUUCUCUUGCCCAAGAGCUCCUGGUUUCAUACGGACAACUGGACAAACUCCCUCUCCCACUCAUUCCCUGAAGGAGGGGCGACUGACCCAGAGUCAGGAAUGGGAAAUGUGGCACCCAAGUCCACAUGGGGUUCAGGGAUGUUGCCUGUGGCCAAUGGGCAGAGAUAGAAGAGCAAGGGACACGUUUAUGAGGGACUCCGAAGGAAACCAAGGAAGCGUUUCCCAUGUGAAGGGGCUAAAAGAUAUCUGGCAGCUCAGAAAAGAGCCAGCCAAUGUCAGGUCACGGAAUUCGGCAGCGAAAAGGAGUGAAGGUAGCAAGGAGGAUCAACUGUGCUGAAGGCUGCAGAGAAAUCCCUUAGCACUAGGUUUGGGAGACGGAGGGGCAGCAGCAGCUUGGAGAGGUCAAAAAGCAGAAUUAGGAAAAGUUUAAUGGUCCCAGUUCAGGAAUUGGGAGGCACGUUUUGAACUCCUUUUUCUUCAACCUAGGAAUACCUUUUGAUGUCUCUCAUCCCCAAGCAAUGAUGCCCUCUGGAUCCCUGCAUGAAAAACCAAGUGGCUGGAAUUGUGUCUUACUAUUUCCUCUAACUUUGGAUCCAUCUCCUUCUGUUGCACCAACCAUGCACCGGGGGGGGUGGUGGUGGCAGAAAAUGCUUUUCCCAGCCUUGGAGUGACUAGUAUUCCUAUAGUCAAGUAGCAUGCAAGAAAUAAAAUUGCUUUAAACUUCUGAGUUGUGGCAAAAGGCAAUGUGCGCACCCCAUGUGUGGGACUUGUGUUUGUGUGUUUGCAAGCCCCUUUGGAACAGACGGGAACCACACAAGGAUUCCUGAACAGGCUUUGCACAGCUCCCAUUCAUUUCAAGGAAGCUUGCGUGAGAGAGCUUGCAAGUGGUUUGUGUCUUUCCAGUCUUGUCUUUCAAGGGCUCUGCAUGGCUUCUAGCCAGGAUGACUAUGCUCUGCCUCCACAGUCACUGGAAACAGGGGGAGGGAAGAGGGGUCUUGUGCUCCAAUCCUGGUCCCUGGUUUCCCACAGGCAACUGCUUGGCCACUGUGGGAGCAGGAUGCUGGACUAAAUGGGCCAUUGGCCUAAUCCAGCUUUCUCUUCUGACAUUCUUCUGGUGUCUUCUGUUGAUGGAUGAACUGAGCACGGGGCUCCUUUGAUGGGUUUACAUCUCCCAUUCCUCCUGUAUUCCAAGCAUCAGCCUGUGGAUCGUGUCCAGCAAAAUACACUGCUUGUCUGACUAUCUUGUCUCCCCCUCACUUUCUUCCUUUGUGAUGCAUCAAGGACUUCCUACCCAAAAUGUCAGCUAUUGCUAUUUCCCCUUCAUGAAGGUUUUCUGCAAUAAAGUCCUCUUUCGGCGUUAAUACGCCUUUUGCUUCCUCUGCAUACUUAUUUAU